CGAGGCAGGCAGGCAGGCCGCGCGCGCGCUCCCCAUGAACGUUCCGCUCCGUUCUCGCAGCAUUCCGCGUCGCCUCGUCCGCCGCUCGACUCCGUCGUAACCGCGCUCGAUAAUCCCCGGUCGGGUGAACGCGUCGUGCGACAUCCAGGUGAGAGAACAGCCGCGAACGCGCCUUCCUCCGUGUGCGGGGAGUGUCCCUCGGCCGGAUAACACGCGCGCCGUCGACGAGCUGUCAAAAAAGCGGGGGCAGGAGCGCGCGUCUCCGGGCCGCUCCUGAGGAGAGCCGCGCGCGCACGCUCUCUCCCGAGGCGCGGCGUGUCACGUGCGAGUGCCAUCCUCCGAGCGGGCGUCGCGCGAAAAUAUGAAUCUCGCCGGUGGCGGAGCGUAGCGUCCGGCGAGACGCUCUGUGCUCGCCCCUCGUCGUCGUCGUCGGUAAAUACACACACGGAGGCCCACCACGAGUGAACGUCACGUGGCGGCCACGAUGCUCUGGAGGCUCGCGGCGAUGCUGCUGCUGGUCGUCGCGCAGCCGGCGGCGAGCUACUUCAACCUCUUCCUCAGCCAGACGGAGGUCCGCAAGCUAAUGGGACUGCAGGAAGCGCAAUUAUUUUAUGUCAGGGAGGGCGUCAUAAACAGAUACGCUAUUAAGUUCGUCGUUACCGUGCCAGCGCAGGUUCACAAGCUCCACUUCACGUGGGAGAAUCUUUCCGGUAGACCGCUACCGUACACGUUGUCCGUGGACAUCAGCAACCCUUCGGCGCUGAGCAGCUCGUUGAACAUCUCCCAGGCCGGCGACAUGCCGGUGAGCGGCCUGCAGACGUGGGCCUUGUCGCUGCACUGCGGCCCUUACGACGCGGAGGUCGACCUCAGCCUCCGCAUAAACGUCUCGCUGUCGAGGAGGAACACCACCAGUCUGGAAUUCAAGAGGAAGAAGAUCUGCCUGAAGGACAAGAGCUACACCAGGCCGGAGGAGGUCCUGGUCGCCGCUUCCGGCACCACUUCCGGCGGCCAGGUGUUCUACGCGGCCAUCGGAUGCGCGUGUGCCUUUAUGGCGGCCAUCUUCGUCCUGGUGAUAGUCUACUAUGUGCGAGACAAGAAGGCCAGGAGGCACCGAGAUCCGCUUCAGGAAUCCAGAGGCCUCAGCUCGGCGUGCAGCGUCGAAAGGGGCACCGGAGUGGGACCUGCGCAAACCUUCUUGUCACCGGAAACGCCUCCACCUGCGUCCGCCGCGUCAGGGUCGACCUACAGGAGACUGGACGAUCGUCCCAGCAGGGAACUGCACGAGAGGAUCCAGGAGAUCACGGUGCAAAGAUGCAGGGUACGUCUUCUCAGUAUCGAAAUGGAGGGGACAUUCGGCCGCGUGUACCGAGGCAGUUAUCACGAAGAGGGUGCUUCAACCCCGAGGGACGUCCUGGUGAAAACUGCCGCCGAGCACGCAUCCCAAUCGCAAGUCGCGCUCCUCCUUCGAGAAGGUUUAGCCCUCUACGGGCUCAGUCAUCCGGCGUUGCUUCCGGUCCUCGGUGUUUCCAUCGAGGACAGAAGCGCGCCUUUCCUGCUGUACCCGCACACGGGGUACAGAAACAUGAAGAGAUUCCUGCUGAGGUGCAAAUUAAGCAGCGAAGGACCUCCGAGGGCCCUCACUACCCAGGAGGUCGUCGAAAUGGCGCUCCAAGCUGCCAAGGGCGUGCAGUACCUUCACAGGAAGAGACUCGUUCACAGGGACCUGGCCGCUAGAAACUGCGUCGUCGAUGACGACCUGAGAGUACAGAUCACGGAUAAUGCGCUGGCCCGGGAUCUGUUCCCACAAGAUUAUCACUGCCUCGGCGAUAAUGAGAAUCGUCCUAUCAAGUGGCUCGCGAUCGAAAGCUUGCUCAGUAAGACCUUCACCACAGCCUCCGACGUGUGGGCAUUCGGCGUUUUAUUGUGGGAACUGACGACACUGGCGCAACAGCCGUACGUAGAAGUCGAUCCAUUCGAGAUGGCGUCCUACCUCCGAGACGGCUACAGGCUGGCACAACCGAUUAAUUGUCCGGACGAGCUAUUCGCGGUGAUGGCGUAUUGCUGGGCGAUGUCAGCGGAGGAGAGGCCGACUUUUAGUCAAUUGAUCAUCUGCCUGCAAGACUUUCACACUCAGUUAACGCGAUACGUUUAACCCGGGCACGUGCACGGGCGGAAUUUUGUAAAAUACGGCGUUUCGCUAUUGGCGGAGGUCUCCGUUGAAUUCCUGAACAUCUCGGAGCUUACAUCGAGGAAGUGAAAUAAUGUCGGGACAGCGAUAGAGACGCUUGUAUAUAUAUCGACGUAGUACUUAAGCACCCUUGUGCAACUUCUGCGUUUCGACAGGGGUCGUGUAUAGAUGUAAUCGAUUCUCCUGAUGUAACAUAUAUAUAUAUCUCACUUUCCUCUUGAAAGUCGUUCGAUCAGGCGGUUUGCCGAAAGGAGUAACCGCCGGUCGAGACGGAGUUCGGAAUGGAAUUCCGUUCGACUCGCCAUAUGAAGGAAAAAGCAAACGUAUUAGGAAUCUCUCGAUCAUAGAAAGACCGUAAUAUCCGUAAUAUCGGGCGCGUGUGGAGCAAAUGGCGAGAGGAAAGCGAAUUGGUGAGCGGAAUUGCCGGCUGAGACGCUUUGCAAUGUGUAAUUCCGAACGUCAAUAGUCUACGAUCAGAUAGCUUCGAGGGGACGCCGAGUUUAGGGCGAAACGUUCCGCGUAGAGGCGUACAGAGACGGUACCGUCUUCCUAUACGCGGGGAUUAUUUAUUGUUGAAAUUAAUCAAGACUGAACUCCGGCCGUAUAUCCUUUGGCGUUCGUCGUUCGAUGUGAUGUCGCCCGUUGAUGUCGCCCGCGAUUACCAAUACCGUCAUCGCGCACUGCCGUUUUUCCGGUUAACCGCCCGGUGGGCGAAACGCAGAUGAACCCGUUCGGCGAAUCUGAGCCAUGUGAUACGCGCUUUGCUUGCCCCACGUGAGUGCGUGCGUGUGUGCCUGCGUGUGUGCGUGUUUCGAGUGUGCCAAUAUCUUCUUUGUAUUUUUGUACAUAUCUGUGUAGUAUUACCGCAUAUAUACGCGCGUUGUGUCUGUGACGUAUACGAGUUAUAACGUUGUACACAGAGCCUAAGACAGGGAGGAGGCGGCGUAGAUGUAAAUAAGCGAAGCUGCGAGCUUCUCUACGAGGGGGACUACAAAUGUACAAAUCGCAGACUCUGCAAGUGCACAAUAAAU